CGUGCCCAAAGUUGAGCACGUGUAGUUUCGGUCACAUGAUGCCAAGCCUGACAAGACACCGUGCCAGCUGGCAGGUGCCGCCUAGCUCUUCUGAAGGAGAAGAACUCACUCCGGAGCUGACAGAGGUGCAGACAUGUUGAAAUUAAAGCCGCAUUUUGACCUGCAAAGAGAUGUGGCGUCUGACCUCUUCCGGAAAGAGGCCUCGGUGUGCAGGGUGGCAGAAUACUCUGGAGCAGUGCACGCGUGUAUCCUAAACAUUGAGAGGGACGGGGGCAUCCUUUACUCAUGGAAGGGAGAAACAGGGACCACCAGGAUUGGGAAAUAUGACUCCAACACCAAACAGAACAAGCUCCUGUACACAUUUGACAAGCUGGUGUGUAUCAGCAGCUGUUCCCUGAACGAGGAGGAGACGCUGUUAGCUGUCAGCUUGGCACAAGACACCAGAGGAGAGGAGCGCUUCAGACCAAUCUCCAAGUGUCUAACUCUCCUGAUUGAGAUCCACCCCAUCAACAACACUAAAGUCCUCAAGGCAGUAGACUGCAGGGUCAAAGUGCAGUUCCUCAAUUCAGAAACGGACAGGAGAUCAGUGCUGGAGAGCCACCUGCUGCUGCUGACUGAGGACGGAUAUGUGGACCUCUAUCACGUUCUGCUGACUAAACAGGAGGGUUAUAGAGUGGUGAUGGCGAACCCCGAGCGUUUGUCCAAAACCGCAGUGAGAAUAGUGGAGGACUUCUGCUGGGCUCAGUGGGACGGACACACACAGAGAGUCUACUACGUCACUCAUGGUCUGACACACACGCAGGACAAGUUCCUGAUGCGAUGUGUUCAGUUUUACCCCAACCGUAACUGUGAAACUGUGUUGGAACUCCCAUUAGAUUUGCCUGCUGAUUUUCUCCACACAGUCAAGUUUGUAAAUUUGGGUUUUGACCAUUUCCACAUGGAGAGACCAGAGCAGGAGCCCGUUAGGAUAAAAGUGUUCACAAACAGAAUAGGAAGCAUGUGUGUGUGCUACAGCCAACCUCUCCAGGACAAACAGGAACUAAUCUACACUGUGGUUUUAGUCCACAAAGACUGCAGCAAGACGUUCAGAGUGUCACUGGGCAGCGACCUGUCGCCGCAGAGAGCCACACAGCUCCAUCCGCUCUUCAUCCCGAUAGGUUACCACAUCCUGGUGUAUCUGCAGGGCUAUUUCCUCCAUUGUAUCAACACCAGGCAGCAGGAGAUGCUCUGUCUCUCCCUGUUUCUCUCAGGUGUAGACGUGGACCUGGGCCUGCAGUGUCAGUCAGCCAACAUCACAGUGGUGCAUGCAGAGGAAGAGUCCAACGGCAGUCUGCUGGACAUGGCCAGCGGGAGGAUCUACACUGCUGAGCUAAGCUCCGCCUUCCUGCUGCAGAUACUGCGGCCAGACACUACCUCUAGGUGUCCCAGCAGUAAGAAGGACCCUCAGCGCCUGGCCGCCCUCCACUGCCUGCUGGUUUCCAUGGGAAAUGACCCAAAGCUGGAGCAGAAGAUCAUCGAAUGGCUGUGUGGCAACAUGAACGCCUUUGAAUCCUUCGAUCAGAUUCAGGAGUUCAUUCUAGCCUCUUUGUACAGAAUAAGCUAUGAGAAGUCCCUCUGCCUGGACAAAGUCCUGCCUUACUCCUCUGUACUCGACAAGAAGGAGAUACUAGCGUGUCUGUUGGAGGUCCCUGGUGUGCUGUGCACCAAUGAGCUGCAUAUUGAAUCCGUGUUCAAAGGCAAGGCCAGAAGUCUCCAGGGUUUCUGGUCAGAGCUGCAGUGGAACACAGAGAGGACAAAAUAUCUGGACGCUGUUCCCAACCCCAGAUACAGAACCUCACACAUACAAGCUGACUGGGAGAAACUGAAGUCGGAGAGGAGACCAUCCAGCCACAGGAAUAACUUGGAGGAGAACACAAAGAAAGUUCUAUCAAUGGUGGACACCUGGUGUCUUGAUAAGAAGCUGGUGCCACUUUUCCAAGAGGAGGACCAUGAACAGAGGGCGCUCAUAGGCCUGACGGUCGACAAGCUCCGAGAGCAUCUCAACAGACACCUGCCUCGUAUGGGGAAGAAGAAGAUCGACUUGCUGGUUGUCAACUACGUAGCCAAACUGCUGGAGCUCAUCAGACACAUGCUGGAAUCCGUCUGGCUGAAGUACAAACUGGGCCCUCGUGUUUUGUGCCUCACGCAACGGGGCAGUCCAGCCGAGUGGUCUGUGUUUCACUUCAUGUUUCGGAUCCUGGAAGCCACGAGGGGCCUCUGCCUGCCCCUCCCUCCAGGCUACCACACCCUGUUGGCAGUGUUCGCCGUGCGCUGCCUGCCUCAUAACACCUUCCUCCAGUACGUCGAUCACGGCUUCCUGCAGCUCACGGAGACCUUCGUGUCUCGGGUCAUGACAGAUUUGGACAACAGCGACGCCAACGAGAGACUGAAGUUCAGCAUACUCAAGAGACUCCCUGAGCCUAUGGCGCAGAGGAUCUACCAUAUGUGGGACCAUCCUGUCAGCUCGGCUUCGAUCUCCAGAGAUUAUGCCAGGACGCUGCUGGAGAAACGCAACAACAAGGGAUGUGCGUUCACCAGCAGAGACAAGACCAGCUUCAGACCCGAGUUUCUGCCCCUCACCUACCUGGCAAAAAUACUCUCCGACAUCGAGGAACAAGCUCUGAACCCUUUCGAGGAGCAGGAGAACGUGGACGCCAGGUUCGUGGAGGAGACGGCGCUCAAGCAGACGCUCAUACUGCUGGGCUUUGACCAAAAAUGAAGCGUGUUGAGGAGGAGGAGGAGGGAGAAACGCACGAGGGGGGAAAACAUUUAGUUCCAGGGAACAGUCGUCAUUGUCUGGGCCUCGAGGAUAAAUAACGGAUGGAUGGAUGACGGAGGGAUGGAGGGCGAGAAGUGAAAGAUGAAUGGAGAGAUUGGAAGGCAGAGCGCUCAUAAACAAGCUCUGGGUGCUUGAUGAAAGAUUAGGACGGGACAGAGGGGCAGAUGGAUGGAGACGCCUCAGAGGAGGAAAAGAUGGAGGUGGGGGGAGGCAGAUUGGUAGAAAUAGUCCCCGUGUUUUCUCUUCAUAACCACGGGGCAAUGUGUACAGGACCAAACAUUACAGCACACGAGGAAGCGGGUCAGUCUUUGGUCCGGCGGUUUAAUUCAAUUCAAGAGAAACUCGCCUUUCAAAUAUUUAUUGAAAAUCAAUGACUGCAGGCGGCUACUUCCACGAACUGUCGCGGCGACAAUUCUCCUCCACACAACUUCUCCAUUUUCUCUCAUACAAUUUAUGGACACUGACGUCAAAUACCGCAAACCGUAUUUAUAAAUCAAAACGCUCGUUUUAUCCUCUCUGUGAUGCCGCUGCAGCCCAUCAACUUGAUUACAUGCUGACAAAAGCGGUAUGGACCGAGUGGCUUGAUGCGGUCAGUCGGUUUGAUAUUCACGCUGAGUUAUGCGCAGUCGUUGCUGCUGAAAGGGGCUUCGCAUAACUCAGUGAGCCGACCUGGCGGAUUUCAAAAGGCAGCCCAGAGGAGACGUUCCGGCGUUGGAAAGUGAAUGUAUGAAUUAGCGUGAUCUUGAUAGGAACCGCACCGACUUUAUGGAUUUUGAGACAACCGAGUGACUGAAAUAUGUCGAGGAUUCACCGAUGCUGCCUGUCGUACGGACGAUAAGGACCUGGCAUCGUUUCACAUGUUUUUGACACUCGCGAUGGUAUGAUUCUUUAUAUUUAAGAAAUAUAGAUAUGUUUUUCAAUAAAAGUCUUUAACUGUCUACAUUUUGAUUUCAAGUGAGUCUAUUAAACCUUUAAAAGACGAAACAACACUUUCUUAUUCAUAUAAAAUAAAAAUUCCACUGACAUUGUCUGGUGCGACCUUUAUGAAGAACAAUUAGUUUUUGAUCCUCUGCUACAUUUGAUCCUUAAAGAAGUCUAGAUACCUACGACUGUAGAGUCAAAACAUGAGAGGAAAAUAACAUCGGUAACUUUAAAGUACCGUGACUCGUACCGCCCAGUGUGGAGUCUGUCUGCCUUUUUCAAGCAAACAAGACAGGACAGGGUGAAUCAUAAGGCUUUGUCCACACACACACAUAUACAUGCACACACACUCUUAAACAUGUGCUUUUAAUAAGGUGCCUGCAAUCCUCCGUCAUAACUGAGCUUGUCCAUUGUGUGUGUGUCCAUAAUCGUCUGUACCGUGUCUGAAUGUUGGCUUCCUCUGAGACUCCAUGCCAGAGAUGACUUGCAUAUCAUGUUGUGCGUUCAUUUGAUGUACGACAACAUUCCCCUGAAAGAAAAUGGAUUUCAAAAAUCAAAAGAAGUUUGUAAGAUGGAUUGUAAAUGAUUUUGUUUCUUGGAUCACGGCCAUACCUUUUUUGUUUUAAAGAAUGUGGUGUACAGACAAGCUUUGUGGCAACAGCUGGGCCUCGGCUCUCUGUGCGUCCGCUGAAUCUCCUUUUGAACUGUGAUGCACCGGAGCGCCGCUUCCAUUAUUGAGUUUCAGAGGAAUGAGGUAAUGAUCUCGACUCGCUGGCAGGAAGUCAGCUCAUAGAUUCUCAAGAAUGUGAAAGUUUUUUGGACAGACUGGGCCGUCGCACACGCUGCGUCACGUUUCGUGGGGAACACACCCGUCACGCAAUAAACCCCGUUACACAAUCCUUAUUUCCAUGUUUACAGUUAUCGCAAAACAACUCUCUUCUGGGGGGAGUUUAAAAUGUGAAUCAAAUAAAUCCCGUGUGUCCUCUUCUCUCUAA